AUGGUGAAAGACACCAAGUUUUACGAAAUUCUCGGGGUGGCACCAGAUGCCACAGAAGCACAGCUCAAGUCGGCAUACAAGAAGGGCGCACUGAAAUGGCACCCGGAUAAGAACGCACACAACCCCGACGCCGCCGAUAAGUUCAAGGAUCUCUCGCAUGCAUACGAAGUUCUCCAGGACCCCCAAAAACGACAACUUUACGACCAGUAUGGCGAGGAGGGCCUCGAGCAGGGAGGUAUGGGCGGCGGCGGCAUGGCUGCUGAGGAUCUCUUCGCACAGUUCUUCGGCGGCGGUGGCGGCGGUCCAUUCGGAGGCAUGUUCGGCGGCGGUAUGCGCGAGCAGGGUCCUAAGAAGGCGCGCACCAUCUCUCACACCCACAAGGUGUCACUCGAAGACAUCUACCGCGGCAAGAUCUCCAAGCUCGCCCUUCAGAAGUCUGUCAUUUGCCCCAAGUGCCACGGUGUCGGCGGCAAGGAGGGUGCUGUCAAGAAGUGUGCUGGCUGCGAUGGCCGCGGUAUGAAGCACAUGAUGAGACAAAUGGGCCCUAUGAUCCAGCGUUUCCAGACAGUCUGCCCUGACUGCCAGGGAGAGGGCGAAAUCAUCCGCGACAAGGACAGGUGCAAGCAGUGCAACGGCAAGAAGACUAUCAUCGAGCGCAAGGUUCUCCACGUUCACGUCGACCGUGGUGUCCAGAGCGGCCACAAGAUCGAGUUCCGCGGCGAAGGUGACCAGCUUCCUGGCGUCGAACCUGGUGACGUUAUCUUCGAGAUUGAACAGAAGCCUCACCCGCGUUUCCAGCGUAAGGGUGAUGAUCUCUUCUUCCAUUGCGAGAUUGACCUUCUGACCGCUCUUGCCGGUGGUCAAAUCCACAUCGAGCAUCUCGACGAGCGCUGGUUGACAGUGGACAUCAUCCCAGGCGAGUGCAUCAGUCCUGGCGAGGUCAAGGUCAUCCGUGGCCAGGGUAUGCCUUCGUACAGGCACCACGACCACGGCAACCUGUACAUCCAGUUUGACGUCAAGUUCCCUGACCGUCUCGGCGGCGAGGACGGCACACCCAUGACACCUGAGCACAUCCGCGCCCUCGAGUCUGUCCUCCCGUCACGAAAGGCUCCCGAUGCCGUCCCUCCACCAAACGCCAUGACCGAGGAUUUCACCCUCGAGGCUGUUGACCCCACACGCGAGCAGGCACGCGCACGAGGCAUGGCCAGCCCAGACGAUGACGAUGAUGAUAUGCACGCCGGUGCCGAGCGCGUGCAGUGUGCAUCGCAGUAA